AUCCUUCACUACAGGAAACACCAGAAUGAUACCGCAAACUCCAAAAGUCUUAGACACUAAUGACUAUUCACAAACAUUGGGGAUAUCACAGCAGAUAUUUAGAGAAGAUGGUGAAUUGGCAGGAACUGGGAAGCAAUCAUUGUGUACAGAGAGUAAUUUAGUCAUCAAACAAGAGGACAACAUUUAUGACUUAUCUAGUGAAAUUAUUAUUCCAGAGGCUAAACCACACACAUUUACUGAGUUUUCAAAUCAUAUUAAAGAAGGGAAAAGUCCACAGUCUAGCCAAAUGAUUCAUACAAAGGAGAAAGCUUUGAAAUCUACAGAAUGUGAGAAAAGCUUUAGAUGGAAGUCUCCUCUACUAGAACACUACAAAAUUCACACAGGUGAGAAACCACAUACAUUGUCUGAGUGUGGCAAAUGUUUUACACAAAUGAGUGAUCUGAAAAAGCAUGAAAGGUUUCACAUAGGGGAAAAGUCUUUCACAUGUACAGAGUGUGGAAAAUCUUUUACACAAAAGGGUAGUCUGAGAACUCAUGAAAGGAGUCACACAGGAGAAAAGCCUUUCACAUGUACAGAGUGUGGGAAAAGUUUUACACAAAAGGGUAGUCUGAAAACUCAUGAAAGGAUUCACACAGGAGAAAAGCCUUUCACAUGUACAGAGUGUGGAAAAGGUUUUACACGAGUGGAUUGUCUGAAAACUCAUGAAAGGAUUCACACAGGGGAGAAGCCUUACACAUGUACAGAGUGUGGAAAAAGUUUUACACAAAAGAGUGAUCUGAAAAAGCAUGAAAGGAUUCACACAGGGGAAAAGCCUUUCACAUGUACAGAGUGUGGAAAAAGAUUUACACAAAUUAAUGAUCUGAAAAAGCAUGAUAUGAUUCACACAGGGGAAAAACCUUUCACAUGUACAGAGUGUGGGAAAAGUUUUACACAAAUGAAUGAACUGAAAAAGCAUGAAAGGAGUCACACAGGGGAAAAGCCUUUCACGUGUACAGAGUGUGGAAAAAGUUUUAAACAAAUGAAUGAACUGAAAAAGCAUGAAAGGAUUCACACAGGAGAAAAGCCUUUCACAUGUACAGAGUGUGGAAAAAGUUUUACACAAAAGGGUAGUCUGAAAACUCAUGAAAGGAUUCACACAGGGGAAAAGCCUUUCAUGUGUACAGAGUGUGGGAAAUGUUUCACAUCUAAAAUAUGCCUUAUGUAUCACAAAAAGACCCACACAGGGGAGAAACCUUUCACAUGUAAUGAGUGUGGAAAAAGUUUUACACAAAAGAGUGAUCUGAAAAAGCAUGAAAGGAUUCACACAGGGGAAAAGCCUUUCACGAGUACAGAAUCUGGCCAGCAACCUGCCUGGUUUAUUGCCCUCAUCAUAGUACAUGCACCGAAGAAGCAUGAAAGGUUUCACAUAGGGGAAAAGUCUUUCACAUGUACAGAGUGUGGAAAAUCUUUUACAGAAAAGGGUAGUCUGAGAACUCAUGAAAGGAGUCACACAGGAGAAAAGCCUUUCACAUGUACAGAGUGUGGGAAAAGUUUUACACAAAAGGGUAGUCUGAAAACUCAUGAAAGGAUUCACACAGGAGAAAAGCCUUUCACAUGUACAGAGUGUGGAAAAGGUUUUACACGAGUGGAUUGUCUGAAAACUCAUGAAAGGAUUCACACAGGGGAGAAGCCUUACACAUGUACAGAGUGUGGAAAAAGUUUUACACAAAAGAGUGAUCUGAAAAAGCAUGAAAGGAUUCACACAGGGGAAAAGCCUUUCACAUGUACAGAGUGUGGAAAAAGAUUUACACAAAUUAAUGAUCUGAAAAAGCAUGAUAUGAUUCACACAGGGGAAAAGCCUUUCACAUGUACAGAGUGUGGGAAAAGUUUUACACAAAUGAAUGAACUGAAAAAGCAUGAAAGGAGUCACACAGGGGAAAAGCCUUUCACGUGUACAGAGUGUGGAAAAAGUUUUAAACAAAUGAAUGAACUGAAAAAGCAUGAAAGGAUUCACACAGGAGAAAAGCCUUUCACAUGUACAGAGUGUGGAAAAAGUUUUACACAAAAGGGUAGUCUGAAAACUCAUGAAAGGAUUCACACAGGGGAAAAGCCUUUCAUGUGUACAGAGUGUGGGAAAUGUUUCACAUCUAAAAUUUGCCUUAUGUAUCACAAAAAGACCCACACAGGGGAGAAACCUUUCACAUGUAAUGAGUGUGGAAAAAGUUUUACACAAAAGAGUGAUCUGAAAAAGCAUGAAAGGAUUCACACAGGGGAAAAGCCUUUCACGAGUACAGAGUGUGGAUAAAGUUUUACACAAGUGUCUAAUCUGAAAACUCAUGAAAUGAUUCACAAGAAACCUUUUACAUGUUUAGAAAGUGGGAAAAAAUGUUUUUUAUUGAAAUCAGGUAUCACAAAACACCAAAUAUUUACACACAAAUAAACUUUAUAUACACAGUGUACAAACCUUUUUACAAUUAUCCUAAAGAGGACAAACUCUCUCAUUCAGUCGGAUCCUUUGGGCAAGGGCUUCGGAAGACAGAACAAAUAACAGCGGCAACAGUGGGCAGCCCUGCCUGGUUCCAUUAGUUAUAUUAAACGUA